AUGGCCAACGUGGACAAAGAGGUCAAGAAGAAGGUCGCCAUGCCUCAGGGCAAGGCCAAGCCUCUCCUUCCUAUUCGUUGCCCCUACCCUUCACAUGAUAAGGCAACCGGACUGCCGUUGCGCUUCGGUAUCAGCCAUGACAAAGACGCAGAACUGCAGAAACGUCUCAUCCAGAACAUGCGCCUCAGUGACAUUGAUAAGGUUGUAGAGGAUGCAAGUGCCGUAGAUGUCAAGCCAGAAAAGAAGAGUGCGAGAGGAAAGAAUGGCGACGAUGCCCACGACAUGUCCCUUGUCAGCGCUAUGGCAUCACGUCUGAGACAUGCGGAGAAGGCUGCUGCAGAGCUGAGAGAGUUGCUCAAAGGCAAGGACUCGGAGAUCGCUGAGCUCAAAUCAGCGCUGGCAGCAAAAGAUGCAUCGACGAACGAAAAGAAUGAGUAUGCUGACCCCAACUUCGGUCGUUGUAAAAGCACUCCAGAUCUAUCUGCAAUGAGGGAGCAGAACAACAAACUGAGGGAACUUCUUAAAAGAGCAGACCAUGAAAAUAAGACUCUGAUCAAGGAAAAUACAGAGAUGAAGCAGUUUUUGAGAGACUAUGGAAUGGAGUGGGUUGGAGACAGUGUUAGCUCUGGCAAGAGCUCUGCCAACCCGCAACCGCUGCAAAUGAAUGAAGGGAUGUGGAACCAAGAAGUCGCACAAGGAAAGGAAGUUUCAGAACAAGACGGCAACGACCUGAGUGAUAGAAGUGGCCCUGAGGCUUUGGAAACUCCUUUUGAUCCAGCACAGAUAUUGACUAGUGUCAAGCAAUUGAAUUUCAUUGCUGGAGAGGGAGAGAAAGAAGUGGUAGCACAUAACGGAAUAAGGAAGCUGAAAGAGAAGGCGCAGGUGAGCUAUACAUUUUAUCAAGAUGGGAUCUUUGCUAGAGGUGGCCCACUUCGACCGUACAAACUCAAAGAAUCGAAGCUCCUGGUGAAAGAUUUGAUGGAUGGGUACUUUCCAUGGGAACUAAAGGAGGAGUAUCCUGAUGGAGUUCCAAUCAAAGUUGAAUUUCGACUUAAAGAAAAGUACAGUCGCGAUGCGGCAAGCAACUUCCAAGCGUUUAAAGCUGGCAACAGCAAAGCUCCAGACAUUCUAAGGAAUCUACCGAAUUCUGUUAUUGGCCCUGGUGGCAACAUUAUUAAUAUCAAGGAGGAUAUAGAAAAGAGGAUUUAUCCAGUUAGAGAACGGUCCAAAGAGGACGCGGAAGUCUUUCCAAUACCAUCUAAGUAUGAAAGGAGCGAAAAAGAAAGGACAAUCGUCAGAGUGAAGAAGAUGGCAGACAGACAGACAGACAGACAGACAGGAAUUGAGAGAUUGACAGAGAGCAAUGACACGAAUGUGACUUAUGAAGUUGUGUUAGCGCACAGUUCUACGAUAGCAGAGCUCAAAACACUCUUGAAAAGCCACACAUGUAUUGAUGGAAUGAUUCUUAGGACGCAUUUUCCAGCACGAGAGUACAGCGAUGAACAAACAAUGAUAUCUGCUAAUCUUGUACCAAAUGCACUGCUCUUCAUCACGUAUGUUAAAGCGUGA